AUGGUCACUACUGAAUGGACUUCAAAGGAACAAAAGGAGUGGCUGACUAGUCACCUUCCUGGUUAUUCAAAAUGUUCUUCUAAAGCGAGCUACGCGAAGUUCUGGCCGCCAGUCUAUGAACAAUGGGAGGAGAAAUGGCCCAUACAUAAGGAGCUCUGGCCAGACCUCCCUGAAGACGAGGCUCUGAAUGCGGUGCAAUCGGACAUAAUGGGGAAGGCAGUCAAGAAACGUCAGAAGCAAUUACGAACGUGGGUAUCAUGGCAUUCAGCGCGUUCUGCCUCCCGCAAAGGUCGAGCUGCCCAAUCAUCUGUUAGGGCGACUCGUCUACUUAAAGACCUCCUCCAACCUCGGGGUGCGAGAGCCCUGAGUGAAGCCGAGAUGUAUUCCCGCCUAUAUUACAAAACCAGCAUUUGCCCAAGUGUGGAAGCCGCUAUCAGUGAACGUGGCUCAACGACACAAGGUGAAAGGCUUACCAUCGUCCGAGACAUGGCACGUCAAUGCUGGAUGAAGGCUAAUAAGAAGUCCAAGAAGUCAAACGAGGAUGGUGAAGAUGACAACGAAACACUGGAAGAUUACAAUGAGGAGGAGGAAUUGACCACGGAGGACUUGCUUGAAACGCAGGAAAACUUACCUGCCAUUUUCAACACCAUUUUGACGUACCUCGCGGAAUGCACUAAAUUUUCGUUCUUGGUGUUGAUGGGUGGGCCAGAUCCCUCAAACAACAAUACAAUCACUGUCUCAUCCGUUGAUGUAGGUACCACGAGGCUUGGACAUUCAGCCCCACAGUGUUUGCCCGACUUCAAGGAAAAUUUUCUUGGAACAUAUCUGCGGUUCCUUCAAGGCGUACAAGGCAACUCCCCCGAACCUGAGGGAGAGGACGCGGACAAGAGCGAGGGCGAGGAUGAGGGCGAGGUCGAGGCAGAAGAGCAUGAAGACCAAGACGAAGUGGACGCGGACCUGUUUGCAGACGAGCCGGAGAAUGAAGUAGAGGUAUCCAAGGGACAGAAGGGGGAUGCUUUGGACAGGGAGAUGGACGGGAAGCAGAAUGCUCAAGAGCAGAUCCCUGACAUUUAUUCCCCAAACUACGCCAUGCAUGGCUCCGUCCAGCCCGAGGAUCGUUCAACAUUCCAGAAUAUCAACAUGCAUGAUCCUUCGAAUCUCGCCAUGCAUGAUGGCAACUCAAACUUCUUGGAUACCACCAACUUCCACAGCAAUGACGCUUAUCCGGCGAAUCUCAGCAGUCUGCUCUUCAACAAUUACAAUUACUGGACUCCUCCGACUGGACAGUACAAUGCAUUCGAGAAUUAUCAGACUUCCGGUCAUGUCCCUAGCUACCCCCAGCCAUAUAAUUAUCCGCCGAGUCAGUCUUCCGUCCCUCAUCCUUCAGAGCCGCCUGUGCCAUCAGGCAGUUCUCCUGCCAGCUCUCACCCUUUAGACACCCUACCACCGCUAGGCAGUUCUCCUGCCAGCGCUCACCCCUCGGACACCUUACCCCCGCUAGGCAGUUCUCCUGCCAGCGCUCACCCCUCAGACACCUUACCCCCGCUAGGCAGUCCUCCUGCUAUCUCUCACCCUUCGGAUACCUUACCCCCGCUGCCACCAGUUCACGUGGCAAACUCUCCUGCACCAGAAUGUCUGCCUCGAGGAAACUCUCAGGCGUCCGGUGCGAAGACGUCGGGUGAGAAGGUGUCCAGUGCGAAGGCUUCUGGUGUGAAGGCAUCGGGUGCGAAGGCAUCUAAGAAAGGUAAACCCAAAGCUCCUGCCCAUCAGUCUGAAACCACCACCCGCAAGUCUGCGCAUCCACCAAAACCAUCCACCUGUAACGAGACAGCAAAUACCAUUGGUGCUCAAGCGCUCACCGAACUGCGGGAGAAGGAAAAUGCUCCUGGAGUGGGGAAAAAGGGCCGUAAACGUGGGCCAGACGUGGGUGGGAGCCCAUCGCUAAGUACUGUGUAUUCCUUCUUAUGA